AUGGGCUAUGAUCAUGCCGAACAAAAAGAGUUGGAUGCUCCCGUAUCCAACUCCAGCUCGAGCUCUGGUGCCAGUAUCGGUGAGAAGCGGAGACAAUGGGACGAGCCCGACCAGAGCAGGGACUCUAUAACCACUCUACCGGAUGAGAAGGGCAGACAGGAGAAAGAUUUUCAAAAGAAGCAUGGACACUCCUUAGGAAAGCUGAGGUUGAGGUCUGCGGAUGACGACCAGCCCACUGACUGGUGGUUCGCCUCCACUGCCAUUCCUCUCAUUGCCGCCACCUUUGCACCAAUGGCCAACUUACUCUCCAUCGCUGCCUUGGUUGUCUCCUGGAGGAAUAAUGUCAUCGAGCCGGAAAACGACAUCACCUACCAGUCCACCUCGGUUCCCUACCCAGACCCUCGCUGGUGUAUCAACCUUAACAUUGCCUCCCUGGUCUGCGGUUUCGUUGGCAAUCUCUUUCUGUUGUUCAACUUCACGAAACGAAUCCGCUACAUUGUCGCCCUACCAGGUACUAUCAUCUUCUUCUACCUCGCUUCGGGAAUUUUGAUCGGGAUCACUGUGUCGAUGGACAUCCAUGACCCUCCUGGAGUCGACCAGAUCUACUCACAAGGAUUUUGGAAUGCAGUCCUUGCGGCUUGUCUCUACAUGUUCAAUUCUAUGAUACUCAUGAUCAACAUGUGGGGUUACUUCCUCGGCCAUUAUCCUCAGCAUUUCGCCUUGUCGGAUGAACAGCGAAAUCUUAUUCUUCAAACCAUGAUGUUCUUCAUCUGGCUCGGUGGCGGUGCUGCCAUUUUCUCGAAGAUCGAGCCGGCCUGGUCAUAUCCUGACGCACUGUAUUUCUGUGAUGUCACUAUUCUGACCAUUGGCUUUGGUGAUUAUUACCCCACAGACGACGUUGGGCGCGGCCUUGUCUUUCCGUAUUCGGUUGGCGGAACUAUCAUUCUGGGUCUCAUGGUGAGCUCCAUACAUAAAUUCGCCGGAGAGUUGAGUACUGUGAACGUCCUGAGAAAGCACAUCGAAGCUAGAAGAGUAAACACUCUGUCUCGAGUCGUGACUGUCGACAAGGAGGAGGAAAAGAGGAACACCCUCGAGGCCGAGUUCGAGCAGUUGCGUCACCACCACCUGCCCAUCUCAGCGCCGUUGCCCAAUCCUCAAAUUCAGAGAGAUCUAGAUGCCGCUGCGGCCAGCGCAGACGAAGAAAAUCGUCAGGAGAGGCACAUUGAAUUCACAAACUCCAACGCGGAAACACCAAAGAAAGAGGACGUUCCAGAGGAGGAGCAUCACCCUCACCCUCACCAAUUUCUAAACUCCGCAUUUCACAAUGGCCCAAUUCGCAAAACCUUGAGACUGAUCACCAAACAGGUCAACACGAUGAAGAAGGCUCGAACUGGGUCGCAGAAAGUCAUUCUCAUGCGCGAAGAGAAGGAUCGCUUUGAUGCGAUGCGAAAUAUCCAGCUCAAUGCCAAAAAGUUCAAGAAAUGGUAUGCAUUGAUGGUCUCCGUCAUCGCCUUCGGUAUUCUGUGGUGUGCUGGUGCCAUCGUAUUCUGGCGGGCCGAGCGACGCACACAGGACAUGAGCUAUUUUGAGGCUCUUUACUUUUGCUAUGUUAGUCUUUUGACUAUCGGCUACGGUGACCUCAGCCCGAAAAGUAAUCCUGGCAAGGCCUUCUUCGUGGUGUGGUCUCUGAUAGCGGUUCCGACCAUGACAAUCCUCAUCUCCGACAUGGGUGAUACCGUUAUCUCGAGUUUCAAACGUGGUACGUUCAAGCUCGGUGAUGUGACCGUUCUGCCCAAGGCGGGAUUAUGGAACGAAAUCCUCAAAAGGAACCAGUGGCUAUGGAAUUGGAUGAGCAGAAAAGCUGAAAAGAACCGAAGGAAAACCGGCCUUCCAGUAGGGCCAGCCCAGUGUGAUGGCCUCCCCAAUUUGACCAUUGAAGAACUCGCAAACGAGACUCCGAGUGAAGCUGAAAUGACAAAGCGGCUUGUCUGGGCGAUUCGAAAAACAGCAGAGGACCUGCAACAUGCGCCAGGGACACAAUAUAGCUACGAGCAGUGGUGCGAAUUUACACGUCUGAUUCGUUUUAGUAAAACUGGACUGUCACGCCUGGACUACGAUGAAGACAGAGACGGGGUUGUGGAAUGGGAUUGGCUUGAGGAAAGUAGUCCAAUGCUCAGCGGACAGACUGAACCCGAGUGGAUCUUGGAUCGGCUCUGUGAAAGUCUUCUGCGGCUGUUGAAGCGGAAUAUGCUUGAUUACCAGAGUGCACCGAAUUCGGCGUUUCCUACCUCGGCUAGUACCGAUCCCUCAAUGUCCAACCUAUCACGCCAAAAUACUUCUUUUAAUGAUGAAUGGUGGAACUCGAAAAUCGGAGAUUCCACUGACAAAGGCAAAGCCCCUGACCAAUCCGGAAUUUCGCCUAGGGAAGAACGUCAGCGGAGAGCUUCUGGUGCAGACGCAAUUCUCACCUUCUUCACCGGCAACAGGAGAGGUACACAUACAUAUGCUUCUGAUGCUCCACUCUGGAGCAAGAAGGCACAAGAGAAGCAAAAGGAAAGAAGGAGAAGCAGCACAAUGAAGAAGCGAAGGGGCCCUUUCAGCCAACUUCAACACUCUGAGCGGACUGGUCCAAUUGGUGGCGCACGAGGUGGAGCAGGUUUGAGGACGCUCAAGAUGCGACAUUUUGCUGGAGACGGCACUGGCGCUAGGGGCUCUCGGCGUAGGGAGGACGAUUGA